CUGACGUCCCGGCCGCCGAGUCCCUGCGCCGCGAUCGUAGCGCUGCGGUCCGCUCCUCACCGCCCCCUUCCCAAGGGGGGACUCUGCCAUGGCCAUGACUGGCCCCACGCCGUGCUCCUCUAUGAGCAACCACACCAAGGAGCGGGUGACGAUGACGAAGGUGACGCUGGAGAACUUCUACAGCAACCUCAUAGCACAGCAUGAAGAGCGAGAGAUGAGACAAAAGAAGCUAGAACAAAUGAUGGAAGAAGAAGGCUUGAAAGAUGAGGAGAAAAGGAUCAGGAGGUCGGCGCAUGCACAGAAAGAGACCGAGUUCCUUCGCCUGAAGAGAACAAGGCUCGGCCUGGAGGACUUCGAGUCUUUAAAAGUCAUAGGCAGAGGAGCAUUUGGAGAGGUGCGUCUUGUCCAGAAGAAAGACACGGGCCACGUUUAUGCCAUGAAAAUCCUGCGUAAAGCUGAUAUGCUGGAGAAAGAGCAGGUUGGCCACAUCCGUGCUGAGCGGGACAUCCUUGUGGAAGCAGACAGCUUGUGGGUCGUGAAGAUGUUCUACAGCUUUCAGGAUAAGCUGAACCUCUACCUUAUCAUGGAGUUCCUGCCUGGAGGUGAUAUGAUGACACUCUUGAUGAAAAAAGACACGCUAACAGAAGAAGAGACACAGUUCUAUAUAGCUGAGACUGUGCUUGCCAUUGAUUCUAUUCAUCAGCUGGGCUUUAUCCAUCGAGAUAUCAAACCAGACAACCUUCUUCUGGACAGCAAGGGCCACGUGAAACUGUCAGAUUUUGGUCUGUGCACUGGACUGAAGAAAGCCCAUAGAACAGAGUUCUAUAGGAACCUGAACCAUUCCCUUCCCAGUGACUUCACCUUCCAGAACAUGAAUUCCAAACGGAAAGCAGAGACAUGGAAGAGAAACAGACGGCAGUUGGCUUUUUCUACUGUGGGGACUCCGGAUUACAUUGCUCCUGAAGUUUUCAUGCAGACAGGCUACAACAAGCUCUGUGACUGGUGGUCGCUGGGGGUCAUCAUGUAUGAGAUGCUGAUCGGUUAUCCACCUUUCUGUUCUGAGACUCCUCAAGAAACUUACAAGAAAGUAAUGAAUUGGAAAGAGACCCUCACGUUUCCUCCAGAAGUCCCAAUAUCUGACAAAGCCAAGGACCUUAUUUUAAGAUUUUGCUGUGAAUGGGAGCACAGAAUUGGAGCAUCUGGUGUGGAGGAAAUAAAGAGUAAUCCAUUCUUUGAAGGGGUCGAUUGGGAGCACAUAAGGGAGAGACCUGCUGCAAUUCCAAUAGAAAUUAAAAGCAUUGAUGAUACCUCAAACUUUGAUGAAUUUCCAGAAUCUGAUAUCCUUAAGCCAACAGUGGCAACAAGCAACCACCCAGAGACAGACUACAAGAACAAGGACUGGGUUUUCAUCAAUUACACCUACAAGCGUUUCGAGGGCCUGACAGCCCGAGGGGCAAUCCCAUCCUAUAUGAAAGCAGGAAAGUGAUGAACCUUUUAGCUGGGACAGCUUCUGAGCCGUGGAAUUUGUUUUGUACCUUGGGUUUUUACCCAUAAAUGAACUUUUUUUUUUAAGGAGGAAAAAAAAAAAAAAUGUUACUUUUUUAUUUUUUUGAAGAAAACUUGAGGGCUAUUACCUCUUGGAGAAGACUUCAGGAUGCUGUUUUGUUACACACUCUGGCUGUUACUAAGGAUUUGUUCUUUUUUUUGCACCAUUGCAAACUUCCACAAACUGCCAUCACUGCUGCAAGCACGUUCUGCUGCUUCGGGAGCAAGAGAUACAGUUUUCUUUCUAAGUUCUUCAGCAGACUGUGCAAACCUUUGGAUCAGAGCGAGCCUCCACGUGACACUGCAGUGUGUGAUGUUCAUGUAGGCCCUUCGCCAGCCCUGCAUUAAGUGAUGCACUCCAUCUGCCAGCUCUACCAGCAGUGUUUUCCUGGUGGCAAAGGACUUCAGUACAGAGGAGACGAAGCAAUAAUUAAAGCUUGAGGCAGACAAACGUGUGGUAAAACUAUCUAGGAGGAGACAACUUGUAUUGCCUUAACUUUAGUUUGUAGUGAUGGGUUUUCUUUUAUUUUAUGAUGCUGCUUGGAAGCCUCUUCAGCAGCAUUUCUCAGCUCCGUAGCAGUGGCCUCAAGUUGCAGUGCACUUUACUUUUGGUACUGAAGCAGUGACCCCUCAAAGCCAUUAAAAACAAUUGCACACUUUGUUUUUUUUUUCCCCAGACAGUGCUAAGAGAAACGGGCCACUUCUCCCACCAGCCAUUCUCGGUUCCUGUGUGACAGGACACCUACAAGCAAUGCAGAUAAUGGAGGCUACAGCUGGGGCUGCAGUUCGUGCAGCCGGAUGGAGGAAAAACCGAUUUCGGCUGCUCGGUGGUGCGUGGCAGCUUCCUGCUGCUGCCAUCUGUUGGCCAUUUUGACACGGCCAUCCUUCACCAGCUGUAACAACCAUCUUCUGGGGCUUCCUCGCUCUUGGAUGGGAGCAGCAGCAGCUGUCCCUGCGGUCUCCAAAGGACGCGGUGCCUCACGUGCUCAGUUUGGGGUGGUCGGACCCACAGCCUACUCUACGUUUUUGCCUUGUGUCGUUUCUACAAGUUCUGAUCAGGCUGCUCUCUGGGAGAGCCCCAAAGUGCCUUUCCAUGCCUGAACAUCUCUGGGAACACGUCUGCAUUUUGGGAGGGAGGAUUCUGCCUCAGCUGAGCUUUUGCUAAUUUCUUUUUAUAAUCACGAGCUCCACUUUGCCCCUGUUCUGUAGUCAGCUGCACUUCCAGUGGCAGGUGGCAUCAGCCUUCAGGAUUGCUUGCUGCCACUCUUGUAAUUUGCAAUUAGAUGUUUUCAACAUUGGAAUGAGGUCUCUAAAAGCAUGGAUCAGUUAAAACUGUCUUAAGGCUGUUAAACCUUUGUUGGUGCUGAACACUAAUGGCAUGGCAUGGCCAGAAGAGCUAUUUGGAAACAAAGAGAGCAGUGUUUCAAAGUAAUGGGAACGUUCUGUUACGCUUAGUUCUAACUUUCUAGAUUAGGAAACAGAAGGAAAUAGGGUUUGUUGUGAAUUUUUUAAUAGGUGCUUUUAAGGACUUCUCAGCCAGAUGUCUUCUGAAUUGAGUGCCAUUGCGAGGGCCUGAGUGGGGGACUGAAAGUUGCCUGUAUGUAGUUAAGGCUGGGUGCUGCCUCACUGCAUCCUCUCCAUGGCCACCCCUGUGCUUUUAGGACGCGUUCCAGGAGUUGAACUAUUUGCCAUAAGCAGCUUAGAUACCAGUUGGAUCCUAGAAAUGCAAGGAUGGCCUUGAUAGAAGCACCAGGAGCACUGCAGCCAGGAGGAAUUACUCAUGAAUAAGGGCUAACUGAAGCAAUGAUUACAGGCUCCAGCUUUGUGUCAGUACCAUGACCUCCUAUCUUUAUUUUCAGCAGAGGGCUGACAGCUACUUGUCCCAUUGUCCUGUCCUCAUCCUGCAGUUUAUUUUGAACCAUUGGAAAAUGUUGCCUUAUAAACCACUAGGAAAGUGAGAGGAAUGAAUGCUUAGAAAUUCCCAACAGCUUAGUUACUGCCUUAAGACUUCAGAAAGCAAAAUCCUUUGAAGCUGCAGCGGAUGGGGAUGAAGGAUUUGGGGGCAGCAGUGGCAUUAUUAGCCCUCUAUUAAAGGGACCGGACACUUUCUGUACAAAUACCAAAGAUAAGAGAAGCUGUACCACUCUAAGUUGUGACAACUUGCGGUGAGAAUCUCUGUAAUAAUACAGACUGUGCAUUUUAGUGCGUGUGUUUUAAAGUCUGAAACCUCAGUUUUGAGUUAAAGCUUUCAUAAGGCGUAAGGAACAGUUGGGUACCUCAUUUCUGUGCCUUUCAGUAGGAGCCACAGGGCUGCAUACAAUCCUCUGAAAACCUUGGGCAUCCCUUUCCCCUGGCAGGUUUUGUAUCACACUUGCAGCUGCUUCCUGCUACAGGUGCUAACCGAGCCCCUGUUGCUUCCAGGAGCUGUACCUGAAGAUUUGUGUGUGGUUGUUCCCUCUCUGUCAGCCAAACCUUUGUAUGAGCUGCUGCUUGGUGGAUUGAGCUCAUGUGGAUCUCAGCUCUCUUUUCAAGCUGCCAGCAGGGCUGUUUUUGUUGAUUGCAUUUUGUUACCCAGCUGGACUUCUAGGAAAAACCCCAAUCUGAAUUUCCAAUGAAUCUGAAUUUGCUGCCACUUUGUCUUUCUAUCAUGCCUAGCAUAAACCUGCACCAAGUGUUUCUUAUCACUGUGCCCUGGCUCUGCCUUAAGCUGUAAUUUGAAAAAGUGUUUUCUGUAAAUAUUUAAAAGCUGUUACUAAAUUGCACUGUAAAAUUUGGCAGAUGUAUCGUGUGAGGGCAGGGGAGCCAACUUUGUAUGGAUUGAUCUUUGCAUUGGGUAUGUAAAUAAAAUCCUCUUAGUAAACA